ACCUGUACAACUGAAAAACCGGCUAAGUAACAUUCUUAAGAAAAUAAGCAGCACCCUAAACUCCUCCUACUGUAACUCCCGGACCAGUUUUUAGUUGGUGAAGUUGUUGAAGAGAAGAUAUAGCUUGGUGUUGAGAGAUACAGAAUUUUGAGUUUAGAAAACCUCAAAAUGGCAGAACCUACUUCACGUAAAAGUGAGCGUCUCGAUUCCUUCACUGAGGAGAGAUUUACGUAUUUUAAAAAAGAAGAAUUUGAAGUAGACUGGGAGAAAAUUUCCGAAAGCAAGUUCGGCCGUAUGUACAAAGUCAAGCUCAAGCUGUGGCGGGAAAAAUGUGCCGUUAAGACUUUUAUUAACUCCAGUGAUUACAGGAACAUGUUGCAGGUCUCCAAAAUAGGGAAAAUCAAAUUUAAAUACUUGAUGACUAUUUAUGGGCUGUGCAAAGACUCGAGCGUGAUGGAGUACAUGGGCAGAGGAUCCCUGGAUAAUCUUCUCACAACUCAUGCUCUUAUGUGGCCAAAGAAGUUCCAAAUGAUCCAUGAGGUGACCUUGGGCAUGAACUUCCUGCACAGCAUGAAGCCACCUCUCCUUCAUCUGAACCUCAAGCUAUCCAACAUCCUUCUUGAUGAUCAUCUUCAUGUUAAGAUUUCAGAUUUUGGGAUAAUUAAAUGGGACGACUCUUCUAACAAGACGGAAUUCAUUGAGCAUUUGGCAGCAAGGGGAAACAUUAGCUACGUCCCACCAGAGACUUUCAGCCUGAACGCUGAACCUCCUACUUCCAAAUAUGAUGUUUACAGCUUCGCCAUGGUGAUGUGGGAGAUUCUGACCCAGAAGAGGCCGUACUGCGGAAUGAACAUGACUGAAAUAUUGAUUAGAGUGACAUCUGGCAAAAGGCCCAAUGUGGAGAUGGUCCCAGAUGACAAGCCUCCUGAGUGUGAGGAGAUGAUCAGCAUAAUGCAAUUCUGCUGGUGUCAAGACUCCAGCGAACGGCCAGCUUUUUCUGAGACGGUGUGGCUGACUGAAGCUCUAAGUGAUGUCCUGAAACUCCCAGACAAGAUUCCAGGCAAGGAGAUAAAGAAGAGAUCACGUAAAAUUGAAAAGUCUCUGUCAGCCUUGCCGAGAGGAAACUCAAACGAUACACCCGAUGGACAUUCAGAUAAAGACAUUGUGUCUUACUUGAAACACAAGGACUUUGAAACCUUCAAAAAUGUCUUAAAGAAGGAGCAUGUCUCGAUGCUCUUCAAAAAUGACAACUCGCUCCUUCACUACGCCGUCGCCAGCGGCAACACUGAAUGCGUUAGGCUGGUGUUAAAUCAUGGGGCGUCAGUGAACUGCCAGUGUGCCAACGGAUACACACCACUUGUUGUCGCAUUGCUGAAGAAGUAUCACGAGACCUUCGGCCUGCUUGUGGAACAUGGUGCCGACGUCAACAUCCCUGAACAAGACCUGUGGACGCCGCUGCAUUUCGCCUCACAGAGCGGAGACGACCGUGCUGUUCGCCUCUUACUAGAUGCCAAAGCCACAGCUGAUGUGAAAGACAAAGAAGGAUGGACGCCUCUUCACCUUGCUGCUCAAAAUGGUCAUGAGAAUAUUGUGCGCCAUCUUCUCUCUCGCUUGAGCAAUGUAGACGAAGAAGAGGGACAAUCCGGAAGGACGGCACUCCACACAGCGUGUGAGUAUGGUCACCUGCGCAUUGCCAAGGUCUUACUGGCCAAAGGAGCUGACCCAAAUAGGACAGAUAACUCUCAAUCCACCGCUCUGCACCUAGCAGUUGAACAGGGCCACUUCAGGAUAGUACGGCUACUGGUGAAUAGCAAAGCAGACGUGAAGCGCAAAGACAAACGGAGUUACAGCGCCCUGCAUUUUGCAGCCCUCCAAGGCUUCACAGGCAUCUGCAGGCUCCUGCUGAGUCACGGCGAGGACACUGAUGUUAGGACGUGCCAAAAUUGGACACCCAUGCACCUGGCAGCGCUCAAGGGACAUUCAGAGACCCUGCUGGUUCUGGAAGAGAACGGCGGCUCUGUGGACACGCAAGGUGAAGGAGGGUGGACGCCACUGCACCUCGCAUGCCACCACCAACAUGAUGAAGUUGUCUCGGUGCUGAUAAACGCCGGGGCCAACCCAAAUAUGGCUGAGGAUGGAGGUUGGACACCGCUGCAUCUAGCGUGCCACAACAGCAGCUUUGCCAACGUGCUCUUGCUCAUUGCUGGGCACGCCAACGUCAACAUGCAAAACAACAGCAAAGACACACCACUGCAUCUGGCUGUGCAGUCAAGCAGUGUCCCGAUUGUCAAAGCCCUGCUGAUGAAUAGUGCAGAUAAGGACAUAGUCAACUGCAAAGGAUAUACAGCAUUAGAUUUGGCUCGGCAAGGCAGCAAUGAGGAGAUGAUGCAGUUACUGAAGCACUUAGAAGACUAGGUGAGCAAGGUGACUAGGAUAGACAGUCAAAGCCUACACAUAAUGGCAAAUAACAUCCGGCACUGGAGAAGGAUGAAGGGUUGCAUUGAUCUCGCCUAUUGAUUGCGUCUCUCUGCAUAUGUUUUUUUUGUUAAAAGUGUUCCUAUUGAUUUGGCUCAGGGGCAUUUUCACAAUGUGAUGAAAAGGCCUCCCUUAGGUAUCGCUCACCCAUUAUUGUGAAUGAAUUCUUCUAUGAGCACUUCCUCUAAGCUGUAUUUGGUAAUAGUUGAAUAUGGUUUCAGAGGACUUUUACAGUGUCACAAUUGUGUGAACUAUCUUUCACAGGAGUUUAUUACUGCGUUCACCUAGAUAUUCUCUUCUGUUACAAAGGAAUGUAGGUCAUUCAUAACAUUCCAUUCCUUUAAAACUAUGUACAGUACAUGUCAGAGAGUUCACAACUGCUUUGACUGCAUUCCUCCCUCUUCUACUCUACCUUAUAGACAGAGCCAAUGAGCUACAUUUUAAACAAUAACACUGUAUACUAUUGUUUCUUCUUCUGAGAAGCUUGUAGACUUCUGAUCUAAUGAAAAAUCAACAAAUCCUGAACAAACAACAGCGAUAUGCGAUUUGAUUUGAGUGAUAUCAUACUGAACACUUACUCACCCCUUGGAAACUUUUCAUAUGAAGCAAAUUGUUCCUACUAUCAAGUGUGAGAACAUGUUGAAACGUGCAGUGAAUACACAGUGACUCAUCGUAUCUCCCGUACAAGAGGAAUCCUGCCGAUGCAAUUUGAAAGGGCUUGCUCAGAAAAGAAUUCAUGAGCAAAAAUAAUCAAUAAAUUAGUUAUCUCUCUGUUCAUUUAAUGGAAGAUCAAGCAUCUAUCAUGCAUAAUAUACAGCCUGCUGCUGCUGCUGCUGUGCAGAGAAAAGAGGUGCUGGUAUGAGAACCAAACCAGGAUUAGUGUAUAAGAAAAGGAAGGAGAAGGCUGUAAGUUUAAGUUCUAGCACUUCCACAAUAUAAUGUUGUAGCACAGUAAGCAGUGUAAUAUGAAUCACAAUAAGAUUUUAAGGACAAGUGAUGAAGGUGACAUGAGGUGAAUUGCACAUUUUCUUAUCAAAUAAAGUUUUCCAAGGUACAAACGAUACCUCAUAGAAAAAGGUGUUUUUAAAUGUAUUUUUUUCUUAAAGCACACCUAUUAUGGUUAUGAAACGUGCCUAAUUUUGUUUUAAAGGUCUCAUACAUCCAAGGUCAAAAAACACUUUAAUGUGCUCAUAAUUUAAAACGUAGCAUUACCUUUUCUCCCCCGCAGUUUCAAAAACGACUCGUUAAAUGAUCCGUUCUAAAGGAUUCAUUCUAAACUCCUCCUUUCAGACAGCAUACUCUGCUCUGAUUGGUCAGAUGUCCCAGUCUGUUGUGAUUGGUUUACCGCUGUCAGCGUGUGUUGAAAAGGAAAUGCUCACUACCAUAACGACUUUCAGCUCCGUCUGUCAGGAGCAGCCGAUGGAAAACAGAGGCGGGGCUUUUUCUUACAAACCUAUGUAGGUUAGUGCAGGAAGAAAAGUCUGGAAUAACGACUCGUUUCAGCUGUUCAGAAUCGGUUCCUUCUUUUUUUAAUCAAUAACUCCGGUUGUUGUGCGCUUUGAUUUGUGAAACUUUGCAGACUUUUUACAUUCACAAACAGUUAAAAAACACACUACAUGAAAGAUUUGAAAUAUUUGAAAAACCAUAAUAGGUGUACUUUAAUUCAUUAAAUGGAUUGAAGGCCCUAGCCAAGGAAUUUAAACACAUGCCUCCACAUUUUUUUCAAACUAAAUGCAAAUGCAAUGUUGUAUGACCUUGACAUGUCAGACAUUGCUCAGCUCUGAGGUUUUUAUAGGUCGCUAUGUGCUCCAUAGAAACCAUGAUGAGUUCAAAAGUAUGAAGGAGCUGGUAUUACUGUUUGAAAGUGACAGGCUGUGUUUUCCAGCAUUAUUAUACAAGAGAUUAAUGUACAGUGAAUAUAAAAAACUCUACACACCUGUUAAGAUGGCAGGUUUUUGUGAUGUAAAAGAAUAAAGCUAAGAUAAAUCAUGUCAGAUCGUUUCCCACCUUUAACGUGAAACUGCAACGUAUUAUUGCAACGUAUGCAAGUGAAAAACAAUCAAACUUUUUUAGAGGAAAAAUUAAAAAUACAAAAAAUUUACAAUAACCUAGUUGCACAAGUAUGCACACCCCUAAACUAAUACUUAAUACACCACUCAGUGUUUUUGGGUGAGAGUCUAUCAGUGUGGCACAUCUUGACUUGGCAAUAUUUUCCUGCUCUUUCUUGCAAAAACAUUCUAGAUCCAUCAAAUUGU